AUGAUCUACACAGUGGCAUCUACCACAUUCUGCGUCGUCCUCUCCUACCUUGUUUUCCACUUGGCCCAGAGGCUCUACCGCACCUGGACGUCCCCACUCAAAUUCAUCGAUGGACCGCCAUCGUCGAACUUUAUUCUCGGCCACUCGACCGUGACCUCUGACGUGCCCGAGAUCGGAGACCAAUGGCGGGAACAAUACGGCGCGACGUUUAUGGCCAGGGGCAUGUUUGGGGCAAACGACUUGCACACCAAAGACGUCAAGGCUGUCGCCCACAUCCUCGGCAACAGUUCGCUGUAUCCGAAAUCGUCGGAUUCGCUUAUAAGCCUUAGUCGUGUCUUCGGCGAGGGAGUUCUCACUGUGGAUAUGGAUCCUCAUAGGCGUCAGCGCAAAAUCCUUCACCCAGCGUUUGGUUUACAGCAAAUUGGUCCAAUGAAUGAGGUCUUCUUGGAGAAGGCGAUCGUGUUGCGAGACUUGUUGGCGGAAGAUGUCGAAAAAGCUGGUGGAACCGCCACAAUCGACAUUUCCGAGAUGUUCCGUCGAGCUACGCUGGAUAUCAUGGGACAGACCGGAUUUGGAUACGAUUUCAACUCCCUCGAGUCCGGCGGUAAGAAUGAAGGAGAUUUGGGCAAAGCCUUCCAUCUGCUGAGCCACGUUCCCAACGCCAACUUUCAUCGCGCUAUGCAGCUCGCUCAAGUGACCAUCCCGGUCCUAAAGUUCUUUCCGCUGCCCGGCUGGCGGAAUACGCAAUUUGCCAAAAAGGUACUGCAUGCGGUGGGAACAGACCUUUUGCGUAAGUCCAAGGACGAAGCACGGGCACUCGGAGAGAAGGAAUUGGGUUCCGGGCGGGAUCUUCUUUCCGUCCUGGUCAAGGCGAACAUGUCAGCGGAAAUCCCGGAUAGUCAACGGUUGAGCGACGAUGAAGUUAUUGCCCAAAUUCCGACGUUUCUCCUCGCCGGGCAUGACACUAGCAGCGUUGCGCUGGGCUGGACCGUUCAUGCGUUAUCGCAGCACCCCGCUGUGCAAGACAAGCUGCGCCGGGAGCUCCUUUCUCUCCAGACGGAAACGCCAACCAUGGACGAGUUGAACACGUUGACAUUCUUCGAGACCGUGCUGAAGGAGGUUCUGAGAUUAUACUCACCUGUAGUCUUUGUUCAUCGUGAGGCGCAUCAAGACGAUGUGCUCUCGCUGAGCAAGCCUUAUGUGGAUCGGUGGGGCAUCUCUCAUGAGGCUCUCCCCAUCUCCAAGGGUCAAUUAAUCACAAUUCCGAUCCUGGCCAUCAACACCAACAAGGAGAUUUGGGGUGAGGAUGCCCUUGAGUUCAAGCCCGAACGGUGGGAUAAACUCCCUGAGGCGGUGCAGUCUAUCCCCGGAGUUUGGGGUCAUCAGUUGACCUUCCUGACUGGCGUCCAUAGCUGUAUCGGUUUCCAAUUCUCGAUCGUUGAACAAAAGGCAAUCCUGUUCAGUCUCCUUCGGGCCUUUGAGUUCCUGCCAGGUGCACACCCUGUCCACCCAGUAAUCUCAGCGCAGCUUCAGCGACCAGCCUCAUUUGUUUCCAAUGGGAAGGGUGGACUGGUAUCAAUGGGUGGAUUGUCUGUUGUGCUGAAAUCCUUUUAA